AUGGCAGACUUCUACGCGGGCUACAUCUCUGGCGCCAUCGGAAUCCUCCUCGGCUCGCCUCUAGACAUCCUAAAAGUCCACCUACAAUCCCGCUCCACUACUACCACCACCACCUCCUCCUCCUCCCCCUCGCUAUUCCCAACAGCGACAAGUUAUGUCCGCGGUACCGCCGCUCCGCUUCUCGGCUACGGCUGCCUAAACGCGAUCCUAUUCCACACCUACAACCGCACCCUCUCCCUCCUUUCAACUCCGCAACAACAGCAACAGCAGCAAUCAUCGCUAGCGAUGAUAUGGACCGCCGGCGCCGUCAGCGGUGCCGUAUCGUUCGUGCUUAGCGCGCCGGUGGAAUUGGUCAAGGUCCGGGCGCAAACGCGCCCUGGCGAGAACAGCUAUGAAGUCGCGCGUGGGGUUGUCAAGAGGGAGGGGGUUAGGGGGUUGUAUUUGGGAGGGGGGGUUACGGGGGUCAGGGAUUCGGCAGGUUAUGGAUUUUAUUUCUGGGCGUAUGAGUAUAUGAAGCGCCUGCUGCGAUAUGAGGAAGCAGCUGGAGGAGGGGGUGGGGAGGGCCAGCGGGCGGCCAGUAUGAAGACACUGCUUGCGGGCGGUGUGGCGGGGUGUGUCAGUUGGCUGUCAGUGUACCCGCUCGAUGUCAUCAAGACCCGGGUGCAGGCGCAGGGCGAGCGCGAGGGGUUAUUGGGCAACAGGAGGCUCGGCACUUGGGAGUGCGCGAAGAGCGCUUAUGCUGGGGGUGGGGGGAGGGUGUUUUUCAACGGGCUGGGUGUUUGUAUGGCUAGGGCUUUUUUGGUGCGUCCCCUAUUGGUAUGA